AUGGCGGAGAUGGAUCCGGAAGUGGUGAAAGGGCCCUGGAGUCCAGAAGAAGAUGACAAGCUUAGAGAGUUAAUCUCCAAGUACGGACCGCGUAACUGGUCACUGAUAGCCCAAGGACUCAAGGGGCGGUCCGGCAAGAGCUGUCGCUUGCGAUGGUGCAACCAACUGAAUCCCGAAGUGAACAAGGAUCCGUUCACGGACGAGGAGGAUCGCAUCAUCGUGAUGGGGCACGCGGAGCAUGGCAGCAAGUGGUCCAUCAUCGCUAAGAGCCUCCUCGGCCGCACGGAUAAUGCUAUCAAGAACCACUGGAACUCCACGCUCAAGCGCAAGUACCCCGCCAUUCUCGCCGACAUCAUCAGCCGACGCACCUCCCGCCUGCUGGACUCUCCGCGCGACAGUAUCAGCGGAAACAGCAGCGCGGGUCCCGCGUCCCCCGCGUACGCCGCCAUGUACCGCUCCGCGUUCCCCGACAGCCCCACGUUCUCGCCCGGCAGCGGCGCCGGCACACCCGGGAGCGGACGAUACGACUCUAGCCGAGUAGAACACAUCCGCGCGCUUACCGACGUUCUCCGCCGCCUCGCCACCACCUCCGCCGCCGCGUCCACCUGCUCUUCCCCCAGCGGAAUGCACUCCGGCGUGCCCUCCCCCCAUCCGCUUUCGCAGCCCUUCUCCCCCCACGGCCUCUCCUCCAGCAGCGGCGCGCCGUCCCCCGGUUCCGCGCAGCCCUUCCCCUUCUCCGUUGGUGCGGGGGCAGGCGCAGGCGGAGGUUUCGGUUCCGCCAUGACCGGGAUCGGCGGAAGCGGAGGGGAUGAUCUGCUCGACUUGCGCCAGCAGACCGCCAAACGCCUCCGCCUGGCCGCCGCGUAUUCCGGGAUUCCGUUCUCCGAACUCCCCUCCCCGCAAGAGGUUCUCGCGUUCCCCAAAAGCGCGAGCCUGGGGGAGCCCUCCGCGCCCACUCCGCCCAUAGUUUCCCCCCUCUUCCCGCGCUUCCUCUCCUCCGCCGGCGCUGCCGGCGUAGGGGGGAGCGGCGCAGGUUUCGGCGGAGAUAACGCUCUGGCGGCGCUUGCAGCGGCAGGGGGAGCGGCUGGGGGGGUUGGCAUGGGUGGCGGCGCAGGCGCGGGCGGGUUUGGGGGAAUGGGCGCGGGGGUGGGGUCUUCCCCCCUCGGCUCCCCAAACACCAUGUUCCGCGCAGGUCUCGGUGGCGGAAUGGGGGGAGGGCUGGGGGGAAGCGGCGCAACUGCGAAAACGCCACCGUUUUCCGCCUUUCACCACCGCUCUCUCCUCCGCUCCUCGUCCUCCCCCGUAGAGCGCGCCCCCCUCACCGGCCUCUUCCCCUCAGGCCUUGGAACCCCGAGCCUAGGGGGCUCCACCUUGGGAUUAUCGGUCUUGGGGGGAGGGGGUGGGACAGGGGGAGGAAUGGAUGGUGGUGGUGGUGUUGGCAGCAGCAGGUCGAAAGGGCCGUCGAUUCUGGGUCGGCGGAAUCUGACCAUUGAUUUGUCGGUGCUGGAGCAGCAGCAGCCGUCGUCAGCGAAUGCCACACCUCAAGGUUCGCGCGGCUUGACUGGCGCUGGCGCCGCCGCUGGCGCCGCUGGGGUUGCUGGGGCUGUGGCUCCCGGUUCUGCUGCCGCUGGUGACGUUUCCGCGGGUUCCUCUGGCGGCGGUGGCGCUGUUGCUGCGGGUGGCGGGCUCGCUGGUUCCAUGGGAAUGGACGACGUGGCGGCACAUCUGUCCUUGAGUCAGCACCAAGCGUCGCUCUUUGAUUCCGCUACCCUUCAGCUGCAGCAGCAGCAGUCACAGCAGCAGCAGCAGUCACAGCAGCAGCAGCAGGGGCAGUUCGCUGGGCUGGAAUCGACUCAGAAGCGGUCGAGAUUCGCCAUGGCAGCAGGAGCGGGAGCAGGAGCAGGAGCAGCAGGAGCAGCGCGGGGCUUUGUGGGGGACACGGAGAGCGCGUCUAUGUCCAGCGGCGCUCUUCCCUUCUCCCUCUCUCCUACUUUUUCCCUUAGAGCAAGUGCUUUCCGCCAUGGUUCUUUCAUUCCAACAGGCAUCCAUAUUCCGUCGAAGAACCAUGGCGUUAAGAAUAAUCCCGUCGUGCCUGCUGUAGCACCAGCAGUAGCGGAUCGCGUCUCCGUUACAGGAAUUGCGCAUGAAGCCUCGUUAGUAGCAGCGGCCGUGGAGGAUGCGGAACGGGCUAGAGCGGAGGAUGCGGAGAGAGCAAGUCACCGGAACAAGCGCAAGUUCCGCCUGGACGCGCCUUCCGCGCAGGGAAGCCCGCCGGCCGCUGCGCCGUUAGCGUGUCCGCCGGUGGCGGAGACGGACGGCGGUCAUGCGCGUCAGGAUGUAACGCAGCUCGGAUUGCAGGUGAAAUGUCAGGUGGUAUCGCAGGUGGGAGCGCGAAGCGGUCAGGGGUUAGCAGGGACGGGGGAGAGUGACUUGGGGAAGCUUCAGCAGCAGCAGCUGAGGCUUGCGGCGAGCACGCAGCAGCAGUCGCAGUCGCAGUCGCAGUCGCAGUCGCAGUCGCAGUCGCAGUCGCAGCAGAAGGCGCAGCAGCAGUCACAGGCGCAAGGCUCGGCUGCUGCGCGCAUGGCGCAGAUGCAGAUGACUUUCCGCGAGUCCGCGGAAGCAGGGGCGUACGGUGCAGGGGGAGCGUCGGGUAGCCGGGUUACCUUGCGGGGGGAUGGUCUCCGCCGUUGGGGGUCGCAGGGGGAGGAAGGUCUGCGCGGAUUUGAAGACGAGGGGGGUUUGGUGUCUUGUACUGAAGAUGCUUGUGACGGGUCGUGCGUGGGUGGGAUUAUCCACGUGGAGGAUGAGUAUUAUGACGAGGACGGGGAUUAUGAUGACGGUGAUGACGUGGACACAGUGGAUGCGCAAGAGGAUUAUGACGAGGACGAUGACGUGGAUAUCGCGGAUGAUGACAUGGAGAGCGAAUUUGAUGACGCGGAUGACGUGGCAGAGGAGAGCGAUCUGUCGCAUGAUGCUGCUGCUACUGCACAAGCUGCCGGUUCAGACUCUCCUGAGAAUUACAUUUGGGAUGAUGCAACUGAAUUCCGCUUAGAAGAGCUUCUAUUAGAGAAGCUCGAUUCGCUCCAUAGCGAAGCGGUGGUCAAGGUCGCUAGCUUCGGCUACACCGAAGAAGCGGCUCGGCAGGCCGUCGACAGGUUCGGCAGCUGCUUCGGCGAAAAGGACGCCCUGACCAACAUCGUCUCCAAUGCUCUCCUCUUCGGCAGAGGCCCGGAAAUCGCAGCCAUGGCUGCAGGCAGGUCCGGGAAAGGCUCGGGGAGCAGAACCCACACCUCCAGCUUCGGCACCGGCAGCAGCUUCGGAACGCGCCAUGCCUUGGGGUCAGGCUCGGGGCAGGGCACGGGGGGGAGCCCGAGCCUGGGGUUUUCGACUCGGAGGGAGCUGCAGCAGGAUGGGGUGUCUCGUAUGCUGUGCGCGCUGCAGGCUGUCUCACCUGCAACAGGUGGGUCUGGUGCUGGCGCACCCACGACAGGUGCAUCUGGUGCAGGUGCAUCUGGUGCAAGUGCAUCUGGUGCAGGUGCAUCUGGUGCAGGUGCAUCUGGUGCAGGUGCAUCUGGUGCAGGUGCAUCUGGUGCAGGUCCAUCUGGUGCAGGUACAUCUGGUGCAGGUACAUCUGGUGCAGGUACAUCUACGACAAGUGCUCCUGGAGCAGGAGCAGCAGUGGCAGGCGCAGAUGCAGGCAAGGAGGCGGGGAAAGGAGGAGGGAAGCGGAAAGGAGCCAAGAAGAGCAAAGGAGGAAAGGGCGGAGGGGCAGGAGCAGGAGGGGGAGGAGGAGGAGGAGCAGGAGCAGGGGGGGCAGGAGGGGCAGUUACAGGAGGAGGAGCAGCAGUUGGGGAUGCAGGAAGCAGCAGCAGUGCUAGCAGUGCUGCUGCUGCAAAGCCGUUUGACGAGGAGCACGAGCGGUGGGUGCUGCGGCAGUCAGAGGCGUUCCGGCGGCUGCACGAGCAGCAGCAGCAGUACCAGGCGACGCUGGAGCAGAUGCAGCAGAUGACACUGCGACUACUACUGUCGGAGCAGCAGGAAGCUCUGCUGCUGUUGCUGGCGGUGCAGCAGGGAACAGUGGUGCAGAGGCGGCUGUAG